UGUCGAUCAGAGUUUUUGAGUGGACAGUGAAAGAUGGCAUACAGCUCGGAGUUGAUAAAGGCGCAGGGCAAAAGCAGCGCACAGCAUCACAAAGCCAGAGAGGCGACUCUGCACCUCCGAGUCAUCUUCUUAGAUAACAGCGAGCGAGUUUUCGAGGUCGAGCAAAAAAUCCUGGGCUGUGACUUUUUCAACAAGGUGUGUGGACACCUUAAGCUCCUGGAGAAAGAGUACUUUGGCCUGGAAUUCCGUCAUCAUAAUGGCAACUAUGUGUGGCUUGAACUUUUGAAACCACUGGCAAAACAAGUCAAAAACACCAGUGAACUAGCAUUCCACUUUAUUGUGAAGUUUUUCCCACCAGACCCAGGCCAGUUGCAAAAAGGCUUGACCAGGUAUCUAUUUGCCCUGCAAAUAAAACAGGAUUUGUCAAAUGGAAGCCUCACAUGUAAUGACAACAGUGCUGCAUUGUUGGUCUCUCAUAUAUUGCAAGCAGAACUUGGGGAUUACAAUGAAGAGUUAGAUGCAUACCACCUACAGAAUAAGCAAUAUGUGCCGAAUCAGGAGUACCUGGACCACAAGAUUAUUCGCUUUCAUAAGAAACACAGAGGUCAUAAUCCAGCCAUCUCAGACAUACAUUUGCUGGAGGUUGCCCGGAAAUUGGAUAUGUAUGGCAUUCGACCACAUCCUGCUCAUGAUGGAGAAGGCAUGAGGAUCAAUCUGGCUGUUACCCACAUGGGUGUACUGGUAUUUCAGGGUAACACAAAAAUCAACACCUUCAGCUGGGCGAAGAUCCGCAAAUUAAGUUUCAAGAGGAGGAAUUUCCUCAUCAAACUACACACGGAAGCUGGGCCUUCACGAAGGGACAUGGUUGAAUUCACCAUGGCAAGCAGAGAUAUUUGUAAAACUUUCUGGAAGAUGUGUGUGGAGUAUCAUGCCUUCUUCCGUCUAGCUGAGGAGCCCAAGCCAUACCAAAAGUCAUUGUUUUCCAGCAAGGGAUCCAGCUUCAGAUACAGUGGCAGGACGCAAAAGCAACUUCUAGAGUGUGUUGGUACUGGGGAGCAUAAAAAUAUGCCAUUUGAGAGGUCAAACUGCAAGCUUGAAUCUCGGCAAUGCAAGUCAUCCCCAGACUUGCUCACUGAUGUAUCCAAACAGCUUUACGAGCAAGCCUAUCAAUUCUCCCACCAUGAUGUUUCAAAGCAUGGAACAAAUGUAUUUUCUGAGGGGCUUGACCAGUCCUGUCCCUUGUCAAGACUGCCUGCCAAAUCAAGCAGGAUUGCAUCUCCAAAACAACGUUCCUUAUCCACAUCAGGGGCAGAUCAUCGAGGCAGAAGCCCUCAAAGGCCUGGGGCAAGGAGACAUCAGUCCCCUAGCUCUCAACACCUGGUCCUUCUCUAUCCCAACAGCCCCCACCUGCAAUUCCAUCCAGUGCUGCCAACUUUCCCUCUGGCAACUUACCCUUUUUGGCUACAAGACCCCACAUCAUCUUCCUUAGACCGUCUCACACAAGCUCACCAGCGUUUAAAGCCUAUGAAGUAUUUGCCUCGGCAAACAGACCACUCCUUUUCAUCUGUUUCCUCUUUAUCACCACCACCACGACAGCAGCAUCUGGAAGGGCUUCAACUCUCUGGAAUUGGAUUGGCUGGAGCUAGAAUAUGCCCCCUAUCAGGAAGUCCACUGGGGGUGGGGUUAAAAAGAAGGCACAACAUAGGAAAAACAGAACCAGGGCACUACAGUGAUGACUCUUCCUUUCAGAGUGCAUUGCCUUGCCAAGCCUCAAGCCAACCAAAUGUGAAGUUCCAGAGACCUGCACUAGCUUCUUCAGCUGCUGCAUAUGCCUCAGAGUAUCGGCCUCUGGGGUAUUAUCCCCACCUCUCACAACACCGGGUCCCUACUAGACCAACCUACCUUCCACUAAGCCCUCCCCCUUUGCAAGAAAGACCUACAUCUUUAUGUGUGCUUGGCACAGGCAGUUACAGCGAUUCAGACUCUGAACUCUUUUAUCCAUGUUACUGUCCUGCUGUAGGGAAAAUGGUACAUUCUGGUCCACUAGCACAUAUGCGUUUCUCAUCUGGAAGCCUCCAACUAGAUGAGGAAGAGGGAGAAGAGGGGGAAGAGGAUGAUGUGUGCAACCAGAGUGAUGGGGAAAAUACUGCUCUUAUGUCUGUCAAAGUAAUGAAACUGUAG